AUGGAAGAUAGCAGGUUGUUUCCAGAAAUAAAACAUGCCAAGAAAAAGGACAACAUACUCUUCAUGUAUUUUCUUGAUCUUCACCAUCAGAAGUCCCAAAACAUGUAUUUGCACAUUCUCUCUACAAUUUAUUCGAAAUUACAAAAACCCAUCGCAGUUUCAACUUUGAAUUCGAUUACAUUUUGUGUCCAAUACUUUCCAAAUCUU